AUGGAGCUGAAUGCACUGGCGACUGCCGCUGAACUGAUGACGGACACUCGCGGCCGAGGGCCCGACAACCCUCAUGCUCAGGUCAACUGUGACCUGCAGAACAGGCUGGUCCGCCUACAGGACAAGGUGGCUGAGAUCAGGUGA